GAGAGGAGUGGUGACACUGGGAGGUGCGCCCAGCAGCCACUGCCCUACUCUGGGGAUCACGGACUCAUGGAGCGGCGGCUGCUACUGCUGGGGAUGCGUCCCGGGCACGUCUGAUCGCUGCUGUCAUCUGACUCCCCCUGUGCGUGUAUGUGGCGCUGGAGCUGCCGCCUUUGUUGUCAGAUCAGUGUGCACUGGUGCACGGUGGAUGCGCUUUGUUGCAGUGCGGUUGUAGAGGUGUGUGCCCCCUGCAGUGACUUUUCGCCCCCCGGUCACUCCUCCUCUUCAUCAUCAUCAUGCCGGAUCAGAUCAGUGUGUCGGAAUUUAUAUCGGAGACCAAUGAGGAUUACACGUCUCCCACCGCUUCCAACUUCACUACCAGGCUGACCCAGUGCAGGAACACAGUGGCAGCCAUUGAGGAGGCCCUGGAUGUCGACCGCACCAUUCUAUACAAGAUGAAGAAGUCGGUAAAAGCCAUUAACACAUCUGGGCUGGCCCACGUAGAGAAUGAAGAGCAGUAUACCCAAGCACUGGAUAAAUUUGGAACUAGCUGUGUAUGCAGAGAUGACCCAGAUUUAGGAACAGCCUUCUUGAAAUUCUCUGUCUUCACCAAGGAACUCACUGCACUUUUUAAAAAUCUGGUUCAGAAUAUGAACAACAUUAUAACAUUCCCACUGGAUAGUCUACUGAAAGGAGAUCUGAAAGGAGUUAAAGGGGACUUGAAGAAGCCAUUUGAUAAAGCCUGGAAAGACUAUGAAACAAAAGUGACUAAAAUAGAAAAAGAAAAAAAGGAGCAUGCAAAGUUACACGGUAUGAUUCGUACCGAGAUCAGCGGUGCUGAACUAGCUGAGGAGAUGGAAAAAGAGCGGAGAUUCUUUCAGCUGCAGAUGUGCGAGUACCUGCUGAAAGUCAAUGAGAUAAAGAUAAAGAAAGGAGUGGAUCUGCUGCAGAAUUUAAUUAAGUACUUUCAUGCCCAGUGCAACUUUUUCCAAGAUGGACUGAAAGCUGUCGAAAACCUCAAACCUUCCAUCGAGAAACUAUCAACAGAUCUGCACAUGAUGAAACAAGUCCAGGAUGAAGAAAGAAAACAACUGAGCCAACUGCGAGACAUUCUAAAAACUGCGCUGCAAGUGGAACAGAAGGAGUCUAGAAGAGAUUCCCAGUUCCGCCAGAGCACGGCAUACAGUCUGCACCAGCCUCAAGGAAACAAGGAACAUGGCACUGAGAGGAAUGGCUACCUGUACAAGAAGAGCGACGGAAUAAGGAAAGUUUGGCAGAAGAGGAAAUGCUCCGUUAAGAACGGUUUUCUCACAAUAGCCCAUGGCACAGCCAACAUACCUCCUGCAAAACUGAACCUACUGACCUGUCAGGUCAAAACGAACACCGAGGAAAAGAAGUGUUUUGACCUCAUCUCUCAUGAUCGGACAUAUCAUUUUCAAGCAGAAGAUGAGCAAGAGUGCCAAAUAUGGAUGUCUGUGCUCCAGAACAGCAAAGAAGAAGCCUUAAACAACGCAUUUAAAGGAGACCACAGCAUGGGGGAGAACAACAUCGUGCAGGAGCUGACCAAGGAGAUUAUAUCUGACAUCCAGAAAAUGCCAGGAAAUGAUGUCUGCUGUGACUGUAGAGCAUCAGAUCCGACUUGGCUUUCUACAAACCUGGGUAUACUGACGUGUAUUGAAUGCUCAGGGAUUCACCGGGAGCUGGGGGUGCAUUACUCCAGAAUACAGUCACUCACACUGGACGUCCUGGGAACAUCAGAACUAUUGCUUGCAAAAAAUAUAGGAAACACCGCAUUUAACGAGAUUAUGGAAGCCUGCCUGCCUGCUGAUGAUACUGUGAAGCCUGCGCCCGGCAGUGACAUGAUUGCCAGGAAAGAUUACAUUACUGCAAAGUACAUUGAAAAAAGGUAUGCAAGAAAGAAAUAUGUGGACAACGCAUCUAAAAUGCACAAUCUGUGUGAUGCCGUCAAGACCAGGGACUUGUAUGCACUGGUACAACUGCACGCAGAUGGAGUAGACCUCACAGAAACCAUUCCAUUAGCAAACGGGCAUGAACAAGGAGAGACUGCGCUACAUCUCGCUGUCAGAUCCGUCGACCGCACCUCACUGCACAUAGUCGACUUUCUGGUGCAAAAUAGUGGUAAUUUGGACAAACAGACUGUGAAAGGCAGCACCGCACUUCAUUACUGCUGCUUAACUGACAAUGCCGAGUGCCUUAAACUACUACUGAGAGGCAAGGCCUCCAUAGAGAUAGCCAAUGAAGCAGGAGAAACUCCUCUCGACAUAGCGAAGAGGCUAAAGCACACGCAGUGCGAAGACUUGCUGCUGCAGGCUUUAUCUGGACGCUUCAAUUCUCAUGUUCAUGUGGAAUACGAGUGGAGGUUACAUCACGUGGACUUGGAUGAAAGCGAUGAUGAUGUGGAUGAUAAAAUUCAGCAGCCAAGUCCCAACCGUCGGGAGGACAGACCAGUCAGUUUUUACCAAAUUGGACCAAAUUCAAUGCAGUCCAGUGUUGCCUCACUGGCCAGAGAUGCGGCCAACAUUGCCAAGGACAAACAGAGAAGCUUCCUGCCAAAUAUCAUCCAGAAUGAAACUUACGGUGCAGUCCUCAAUAACAUCACCCCUGGCAGCACGGCGGGUACUGCUCCUGCCCCUCCUUUACCACCAAGGAACGUCGCAAAAGUACAGUCAACUAUAUUUGGCGGUAGUAUACACAACACCCCUUCAAAUACCCCAGCGUGGAAAUCUUACCCACUAGGACAUGAAAUUGGCAGCAGACAGAGGUCGUCAUCUGACCCGCCAGCUAUUCAUCCCCCCGUGCCACCAAUGCGUGUCACCUCUACCGCCACAAACCCCCCUCCACCCCCUGUGGCGAAAACACCCAGUGUUAUAGAAGCCUUGAGUCAGCACUCCAAACCGAUCCAGCCGCCUCCGGUGCCUCAAAACAAACCAGCACCCCCUCCAGUCCCACCACAGCCUCCCAACAGGUUGCAGCAGAAAAGGCUGGUUCCAGGGGUGGAGAAGCCUGCCCCCAUGGGUAAGAUCCAGGCAGCAGCCCCAACAUCAUUACCGAAUCCUGCGACAGGAGAUGGUUUGUCUGAUGCCCCCUCUAAGCCUGGACCUAAGCCUGGUACCACAGUGCCUAUACAUCCGCCUGCACCAAUGCCACGCAAGUCUCAGCUGGUGAAGUUGAAGCCGAAGAGGGUGAAAGCAAUUUAUAACUGUUCAGCUGACAACCCGGAUGAACUGACGUUUACAGAGGGAGAGAUCAUUGUGGUGGAUGGAGAAGAGGACCAUGAGUGGUGGAUCGGACACAUAGAUGGUGAGCCAUCCCGGAGAGGAGCCUUUCCUGUGUCUUUCGUGCACUUCUUUGCUGAAUAAGCCAUUCAGUACUGCAGCGGAUCUGUGCUCAGCCCAGCAGGAGGCCUUCGAGGAGGAGCCAACUCCACAGAUACCGCAACGCCACUGACCAGCGUCCACCCGCUAACACUCCUAUGCACUGACUUAUGCUGAGACUCUCCCAUCCAAUGUAUAUUUAUUCUUCCUGUUAAGGAAAUAUGUUGCCAAUCGGAUGUAGAUAUUCCUGUGAAACACUAGAGAUUUCCGCCGUCUUCUCCUCCUUGUAUCUUUUGUACCCUCCUAGCUUUCUAUGACCAGUGCUUUAUAAAAGCUGUCUCUACUCCUAGAUUCUCUCCUUGUUACAGAGGAAUUACAUUGCAGGGCAAUGCACUCUCCACUCACCUGCAGCUAAAUGGUUAAUACUCAUAGGAAUCCAUUUUGUUUUUCUACGUACUGUAAUUAACUUUACUUUUUUUAUGGAACUAAUCGUUUAGCUCUGUGUGAUUUGCUAAUAAAUAACCAGACCAAUCCAAUAAAUCUCUGUACUGCC